AGUCCCUUUCCUUAAAACAGGAACGCCGGCUUGUAAAUAUAACCAAGCAGUGAAUGGCACCGCGAUUACAUCCCUGAUUGGGGGUCUUAGGAAUUCCUUGCCUUUGCUGCCUUCUAGGACUGAUGCCUCCCUUCGAAAGGGCAACAAAGCACAACAUUCACAUGCAGAGUCACUGUCCAAGUUCUUCUUUUUCCUUGUAUCAACAGGAAAUGAAAUGAGUAUCUUCUGGAGACCGAUUACCACCCUAAUGUUCCUCUUACUGGCCUCAGGGGUGUGUCUGACAUCGAGGCCAGAGGAAGAAGUGACUCUUAUAGACAGUUUGCAAUGCUACAAUGACUAUAAAACUGCAACAGUGUGCAGCUGGACUGAAACAAGAAGACAACGUGAAUUGUUCCCUAUGAACCUCUACCACUGGAGUAAUGAGGACGAUAACGACGAAAAGCAAAGUAUUUGCCAUCCAACAGAACCUCCUGAGAAUAUCUCCUCCUCUCUGAUUGGUUGGAAGUGCAAAACUCUUUCCUUCUUGUAUGCUGCUGGUUUGAAAGAUUUUUAUGUUUUCAGACCAGACAUUCCAGUUGGAGAACCAAAACCUUUCCUCCUCUCAGAAAAUGUAAAGCCCAAACCUCCACGUGACCUGCAAGUCCACAUGGAUGAGAAUGGAGUUGUCACCUUAACUUGGCAGAAUGACUACCCAUCUGAGCAUCCUCUGAGAGGGCAGCUACAAUACCAAGUCCAAUAUAAGAGAGAUUUUGAGGAUUGGCAGAAUGCUGAACCAAUUCAUGUUCCCGAAAAUGAAACCCAAUUUGUGAUUGGAUCAGAGAGACAAAUCAAGAGCAUGAAUUACACAGCUAGAGUGCGAUCCCGAAUGAAACCCACUGGCCAAAAUCUGGGAACCUGGAGCAAGUGGAGCCUCCCAGUGGACUGGAACAGUAAGCCUGGGACCUACUGGGACUCUCCAAAUCUCAUCUGCACAUUUGAUGGGCAUCUUAGUGUCUCUUGUACCUGGGAGGUCCCAAAAGAAAUUGCUUCAGUUUUGAAGUUUAAUCUGACGUACCAGACCAGUUCUGAUGCUCAGCAAGUGUGCAUUCCUGAAGCUUUCGGUGAGAAUCUUGAAGGGCCUGUUGUGGUCUUCCAGUGUGAAUUCAAUGUAACCAGCGCCUCGGAAGUGGUUGUCGGACUGAAACCAGAAGAACAUGUCAAAGUAAUACAUCCAUAUCAAAAUAUCAAGCUGCCCCCACCCCAAAAUCUCAGUGUCCAUCUUGUUGAUAAUGAAUGGGUGCUCAGCUGGGAGGAAGAUCACUCAGAACUUAUAAGUAAUAAAGCUGAAUUUUAUGUUCACUAUAAAAAAGUCAACGAGCCAUGGGAGGCAGCUGUGGUUAAAAGUAAUUUCAAUCAAAUAUCAAAUAGGAAAACGUUCCAGAUGGCUAUUCCAACUUCAAAGCUGUCCCCCACUACAGAGUAUGUGGCAAAAGUUCGGGCUAUAUUAGGUUCCAAAAAUGAUCCAAAUUAUUAUAGCGGGGACUGGAGUGAGUGGAGCGCAGAGUGUCACUGGAAGACAGAACCAGGUCAAGAUAAUCCACUGAUGAUGAUUUUUAUCAUGGUGCCAAUAGCCAUUUUUGUCGGUGCCAUUGUGCUAACUAUUAUGUACAAGAAAGGUCAGAGCUUGAUGAUGAAGUGGGGCAUAUCAGUUCCCGAGCCUCAGAAAAGCAAAGUGCUGACGGAGCAUUUCAAAAAGAUCUCUGGAUUUCAUCUUGUUUCCUUAAAUACCCCAGAUAAACCCAGAAUCAGCAGCCUGCAGGUCAUGGACACUCUUCAAACCUCUUUACUCUCCCCGAAAGAUAUGCUAAUGACUCCCACAUCCCCUGUACUGACAGAUGAUGGCCUAUACAAGUACUUUGAUGACUUUUCUGAGCCUGGCAUGGUUCAGAACAUCCAAAUAGCUCCACACGACACCCCAGGGGGAUUGGUUAACCACAAAACUUCUCAAUUGUUCAGUUUCAGUGGCCCCUAUAUUCUUUGCCCUCGGGCAAGCUCCUUACCUGAUGUAAAAAUCUCUCCUGGUCAAAACAACCCAGAUGCAGAAAAUGGUUAUAUCUCAGCACUGAACCGGGUUGAUCAUCAUUCUUUACUGCAAGGGAACCAACUUUCGGGGUGCAAGGAGUCAACUGGUUACAUUGAAUCUCCAUGCCCUAAAGACUACAUCGCUGAAACACGCAAGAUAAGCUGCCCUUGCUUGAAUUCUGAGUCCUUGUUGUUGAAUAGUUCAGGGAGAUUGGAUCAUUUGUUAAACAAAGGCAACACUUUGCAAUCAGAGCAGCAAGUGAGGAGUAUUACUUGCUUUAAUUAUGUCAGCAGUUCAGACCUACCGAAUCUGCCAAAAGAAAAAAUUGGAAACAUUGACAGUGAAAAAUUGCCAGUUACGAGUUGCAAUGCAGAUGUAGGAAGACAGAAUGCUUGUAUCACUGGGACACUGGAGCCCCGAUGUCCCAUCCUGCAAGACAAUAUCACAAGUCAUUCUAAAUCUACUCAGGAGACCCCACAAGAUAGACUUGUUGAACCCAACCUACUGUUCCUCACUGCAGGGCUAAAUGGGGAGAAACCUUCUGAAUUUUUGUCUGUGAGUUGUGACCCUGAAUACAGCACCCUGCAAAUGCUAAACUCCCAAAACUGUUUGACAGAGGGGGGCGCACCUACCACUGGUCCUAUUGUACCUGUUUUACUGAAGCAGGUAGGAGAUUAUUGUUUCAUCCCAGAUCCCAGUGGUCGAGAUUGGAGCUCGGCAUCCCUUCCAGGUCUCUCUGACCUGGCCAAUCAAAACUUUCCCAAGUUUAAACCCACAGGAGAACAGAACUGUGGAAAUCCUUACGUGACACUUACAACAGUGUCUUAGGGUCUGUUCUCAGAUUCUUUGUGAAUGGAACUUGUUCGGUUUAAAUUUUGAAUGGGCUGACCUCAGUUGAUGCUGUAAACACUCAUUGCGAAAGUCUGUAAGGCACACACUUGUCUAUCCAAGAGUUUAGCUGUUCAAUUUUCAGUAAUUUACUCUUGUCUUCUCAACAUCAUCCCUUUCAAUGCAGUGUUUAAUCCUGAUCUUGGUUGUAGCUCAUAACAAAUACAAAAUGUUCACGAAGUGGCACAAAGACUAGCAACUGGGACACGGCAUCCUCACAGAAAACAGGGCUGACUUCAAAUAUCUGCCAAAUGUCAUUCUACCACUGUCAUAAAGAAAAUGGUUACAGAACAAAUUGUAAAAUACACAAUGACAAUUUAUUAAUCUGAUUUUAUAACCACUUUUUCAUAUUGAUAUCAAUUUGGAGUAAUUGUGUCUUUUAAGUUUUUGGUAGGUUACCCUUUCAUUGGUUUUGACAGAAUACACAGCUUUUCAGCUGCUAACCAUAGCGAUGAGCUUCAGUUGUAUGGUUUAGCAAUCAGACAAAUAGACAUUUACAUCUUUUAUUAUAAGCUUACUCAGAACAUGGUGUUAAAUAAGAGAAUCGACAGGAUAAAGAUCUGGGGUACCAGUAGAAAACCCUGCUUAAUGUCCAAGUUGAAUAACAUUGUAUUGUUUUUAAGAAGUAAAAGAAAAAAUACAACAGUAUUGAUAUUUUUGGUUGCAAAAAAAGAUUUUAUGGGAAACAGCCUGCAUGACGGCUGAUUCCAAAGAGAGAAGGAUUUCCUAUUGCCGGUGGAUUUGUAUAGCAGAACAGAAGUGGAAGGGGUGGAAUGAUCAAUGUUCCAGGUAGAAGUAACAUUAGUGGUUCUCCAGAUUGUCUUCCUCCAUUUCAAGGCAACUGGAGAUCAGGUUGGUGGUUAGCCUCAUUCACCUUCUCCAAAAUACUUGAUAAGCCCCUUUAGACACAUCCACAUCCCACAAUGCUAAUCAGUGGUAUCAGAUGAUUAAAGGACCCCCAGAAAGGGGCGCCAAAGCGAGCUGCUUCCAAAAGGCUGCUGCACGUCUGCAUAAACUAAUUCAUCCUGAGUUUGUGACUGGAAAUGUUCUUGAAACACAUUGAGUUUCUUCAAAAAGUUUGUAUGAUUUGUAUUUGCAUAUCUGACCAAUAUUCCAUAUAUCAUCAUUCUCCAAUACCUAAAUAAAGAAAGUCUAUUAAGACACA